CUCCUCACCGAACUCCUCUCUGAGCUCCUCACCGAAAUCCUCACCGAACUCCUCUCUGAGCUCCUCACCAAACUCCUCACCGAACUCCUCUCUGAACUCCUCACCGAACUCCUCUCUGAGCUCCUCACCGAACUCCUCACCGAACUCCUCGCUGAACUCCUCACCGAACUCCUCUCUGAGCUCCUCACCGAACUCUUCGCUGAACUCCACAUCGCACUCCUUGCCGCAGUCCUCGUUGAACUCCUCGCCGAACUCACGAACUCCUCGCCUCUAACACCGCCAUGGAUGACAUCUACAAAGCUGCGGUUGAACAACUGACGGAUGAACAGAAAAACGAAUUCAGAGCAGCUUUCGACAUUUUCGUACAAGAUGCGGAGGACGGCUGCAUCAGCACCAAGGAGCUGGGGAAAGUCAUGAGGAUGCUGGGCCAGAACCCCACCCCCGAGGAGCUGCAGGAGAUGAUCGACGAGGUGGAUGAGGAUGGGAGCGGCACGGUAGACUUCGAUGAGUUCCUGGUGAUGAUGGUGCGAUGUAUGAAGGACGACAGUAAAGGGAAAUCAGAGGAAGAAUUGUCCGAUCUCUUCCGGAUGUUUGACAAGAAUGCGGACGGAUACAUCGACCUGGACGAGCUGAAGACGAUGCUGCAAGCCACGGGGGAAACCAUCACCGAGGACGACAUCGAGGAGCUGAUGAGAGACGGCGACAAAAACAACGACGGCAGAAUCGAUUACGAUGAAUUCUUGGAGUUCAUGAAGGGAGUGGAAUAG